AUGAGACACGCUCACUCAGUCCUUGAAACUACCGCCCGAUGGCAAGCGGCGCGCGAGGAAGAGUGGCGCGCUCCGACUCCAUACGAGAGUGAAGACGACCAUGAAGCUAGUGACGACGCUCAAGCAAAUGAUCAAGAAGAAGCUUCAGACCACACUGAAGCUGCCAACAAUCUCAUAACUCAAGGAAACGACGGCGCUACUAAGAACCAGGACAAGACUCGUGGCGAAGCGGCUGAGGACAAGUACUUGCAUGGCGACGCAAUUCCUGCGGACGAUUCUGGGUGCGUGAGUGAUGUCAAGACGACGGACGACGUGCAAGUUGAUGACUUUCAGGAGCCGGUUCUACCUAUCGCCAUCGGUAACGCUACCGAGAGCUCGAAACCUUGUCUAACAUACGAUGGAGGGGGAAAUUCAAACCCUAUGGAUGUGACCGCGGCUCUAGACCCAGCCUUAAGCGCAGGAGGAGGCGAGAAUGUGCUUCCUGAAGUGGAGCAACGCGUAGCCGAAGUUGGCAUCCCAGAAGCGGGGGCCCAGGAAUCGGCACAAGAAUCAGCCCAGGACUCAGCCCAGGAUUCUGUCCAGGAUUCGGGAUCAGACUCUGUUCAGAGCGCUGCAGAUCCAUCCGGAUCCAACGCAAGCAAAGUAACAGUUCUGGCUCCUCGAUCGUCACGAUCAUCGUGGCAUGAGAAUUGGAAGGCAUGGCAGUUGUACUUUGAGGAGUAUUGUGAAGAGACGAUGCAAGGCAUCUCUAUACUGGAAACAAAGGGUCGUGCAGAACGAAACAGACGGCUCAAGAAGACCGAGAAAGAGCUGAACGAGUCGUUACUGAUUCCAGAGGACCUACAUCUGUACGCAUGGGUGGCCACAGAGGAAGUCGCGAGGGUCCGGUAA